AUGAAUCCUAUAAAUACCGAAGAUGACGCGCCGUUGAGUUCCGUGCCGUCAGGAGGUCGCCUCUACGCGUUACACUUGCCGGAGGAUACUCCCGAAUGGCGUGUUGCGAUACAUCGAAAAUUGCAAUACAAUCAUGAACCGUACUUCCUUGGUGCCGCAAGUGGUUUCGUUGUCACGCAGUUUGGCUUACCGCUAAUCGUCCCUUGCCCACCGAAUAUAACUGGAAAGGAAUUAUACGAAGAUGUGAUGAGCCAAAUGCGCAGAUUCAUGGACGUGUCAUCGCCAGCUAUAUCGAGUCGAGCUCAUGAUCCGUCAGAAGACAUAUCAUUCGGCUAUCCCUUCUCGUUGUGUUUGGUGGAUGAAUCCUGGGGGUGGUGUGGUCAGUGUCCCGCUCUGCGUUUCUGUAGAGGCUGUGCUAUUAGGCCAGAUUCGACACCGGCCAGUAUACCUGAAAACUGUGGAAUAGCUGUUGACUGGCUUCCCAUUGCUUUGUAUCUUAAGUACAAUCAUUCGCAAGAACUGGCUUGUGAAGAUGACGAAUCAGUCGCUGAGACGUGGUCACGGCAUUUUGCUCCGUCUUCUCUGGAGCACUGUCUCGAGAAGUUUAGCUGUCCAGAAACUUUAGAUGCUUUGAUUCACUGUGAUACGUGCAAUGAGAAGACGAAAAGAGACAAAGUAAUGACGAUAUGGAGGCUGCCAAGAUAUUUGGUGAGAUGCCAUUCUUGUAAAUGCUCUCCGAGCUUCAUUCCUUGA